UAAAUAUUAUUUUGAAUUUCAACGUUGCUUCAGAAUCGAUUUGCAUUACAUGAUAGUACAAGAUAACAUUAAAGAGAUAAUGGUGCAAUCAUUGCACUCCAUUCCCUGAUGCGAUAAUGAUAUAUAAGGCUAUUCGAAAAAAGCACUCGUUAUGACGAAGCUCGGUUCCUUUGUGUUCUUCGAUUUGGAGACCACGGAUCUUCCCGGAUUGAAAACACCGAAAAUCACAGAAAUUGCACUGGUUGCGUGUUCGAAGAAGCAUCUGCUUGACACGAAGGCCGGCGAAGUCCCCAGAGUUUUGCACAAGCAAACAUUUUGUGUGAAUCCGCGACGUGUGAUUCAUCCGAAGGCGUCGGAAACCACAGGUCUCUACAAUGACUUACUGGAGCAUGAGGACACAUUCAACAGGGAUGCAGCUAAGCUGAUAGUGUUGUUUCUUGAACGAUUGCAAACUCCAAUAUGCCUAGUAGCACAUAAUGGGAAUCGGUUCGAUUUCAUCAUUCUUAAGCAUGAGCUUGAAGCGCACAAGAUUGAGCUGCCUCAUUCGGUGUAUUGUGUUGAUUCGUUACAACUAUUCCGACAGCUCGAAGGCCACAAGGAACAGAAAGAAAAAUAUGAGUUGGCUGACCUGGAAUCAAAGACAUUGUCGGCGAUGGAGGAGCUGGAAUGUAAUCAGCACAAGCUAUCGGAAAUGCAAAAAUUGAACGAAACAACACCACACAAACCCCAAAACAAAGCGCACAGGAAGAGGGUUUCUGAAGACAAUCUGGAUGUAACACCUUCACAUGUUGGCCAUGAUAGCGUCAGUCGUGGGCAAAGAAGUCCUCCGCGGUCUAAACGAGAACUUUUCCCAGACAAAAGCGAUACUUUAGAACCCUCAAUAGCAUCGACAUCGUCACAGAAAUUUUCCAAAAAAUUCCGACUCUGUGACAUUUACGAGCGUUAUUUCGGAAAGCCUCCGAAGAAAGGGCAUCAUGCGGAAGGUGAUGUAAAAGCGCUGCUUAAGUGCGCAAUCGCAGACGGACGGGCGUUUGUUGAAUACGCCGAAAAGUAUUGCGUGAAAAUGAGCAACAUUUCCUCAAGGUUUUAAAACUUGACUGGAUGUUUCAAAUCGUCAUUCCAUUUUUAAAAUUCCAAAUUGGCAUACUAUUGUGUGAAGUUUCCAACCUAUACAUAUUUUGUAUUUUAUCAAAAAAUAAAGAAAAAUUUCCGUACUUUUUUAAAAUUAUGAAAAAAUUGUCAUUUUAUAUAAUUGUUUUGGCUUUAUCGACUAAACAAGAAAUAUCAAAAAGUUAGGCAAUCACUGGAAAACGAUUUCGGGAAUAUUUGAAUAAAAAAUUAACUAGUAACUAGCAAAUAGACUGUAAUAAUUAACAAAAACGUGCAGAGAAAAUUAAAAGAAACUGAUAAUACUUUACUUUAUCUUGAAGCAAUAUUUACGUUGAAAAACUUCAAAAACUCAUCGUUAACAAAAAUGAAUGAAAAAGUUGCUAUAAGUUUUAGAAUCACAUAACCGAAUGUUAAAAAAAAUAUAAAUAACAUGAGCUUUUUUUUAGAUGGAGACAAUUUUGAAAAUACAGAUAAAUGCCAAUCCUUUAUCUUUGUCAUUUGUAUAUGACUUCCAUUAUACGGGUAUCUUGGACGCCUCGGAAGUGGUUAAAUCGGGAAGUCCAAUUUUGGAUCAAUUUUUUCAGUAAUUCAGGCCGUUUAUCAAUGAUAACUUGACAAAUGUUCCAGUGGAAGUCUAUCGGCUGCAGCUUAUCAGUGUUGACUAGAUACUUCACAUAGCCCCACAAAAUAGUUCAACAGUGUUAGAUAGCAUGAUCUUGAAGGUUAAUUCAUGUCCAUUACUCUAUUACGUACAUUAUACGUUCUGCCCGACAUUUUGAAGUAAAACGGAUCAUAUUGCAUGGAUAUGUUUUAAAUUGCUAGAUUAUUCAUUUCCAUUACACUUAAUUCUAGUACAUUUAAGAUAAAUGAUUUUGGUUUGAUCACUUUUUUGAGUGCUCUAAUUCAGCGCACCUGUGUCAAAUCAGCUAUUGUUUCAAAACAUAUAAAUACAAUUGUCUUGACUAACUUGAUUGUUCAUGAGUUACAGUAGUUUUAUUGUAUAUUUUUACGGAUUCACAUCAAGGAUGCAACAUUUCGAAAGAACAUGUUGAAAUCGAAAAGCAAUUUUUAUCAGUGCAAAAUAUCUCCACCGAUACUCUUCACAUCUUUCUAUCGCGGUGCCGCUGUGCCUAUGACCGCUGGCUCACCAUCUCGUUUGUUUUGAUAUAGUUUUCGUUCCAUCAACAGAAAUAUCAGUUCAUUCUCGAUGUCAGUGAAUGCUCAAGCCGAAAAUAUCACCUUUUAUUGCGUCCUGGUGAAAUUUUCGUUGGUCAUACACCCAUAAACUCAGCACUCAAAUGUUCCGUUGCCCAUCGAUGUGUGUGCAAUAAGCGGCACAAAAAUGGAAUCGGGCUAGAAACAUACCAGGAAAACAUACACACGAACACGCGUUUAAACGUCUGACGCGGUGUCAGUGAGAUGAUAUUUCCUUGUAUGGAAUUUUGUUCCCUUCCACUGUCAGCUGAUCGAAGAUGCGUAUGAAAAUUUCGGCCGUAAAUUCUCAGUGAGACAGUGGAACGAAUGAGUGUGGGGAAUAAUGCAAAAACCAAAUGUUCCACGUGACGGAGUGUCGGUCGCAUGUAAUUAAGUUUGGUUCAUUUGUCAUGAACUGCAGGGGUAUUGGUGGUUGAUUUUGAUGUUGUUUCAAUAUCUUGCGCUGUCAGUAAAGUGAGUGUGAGAUUUUGCAACUCUGAUCCUCAGUAGAGAAUGUGAAUGGCCAUAGAAUUCACAUUCUCCCUUUGUCCAAAAAUAUAAUCUGCUCGACACGACGAAGCCAAACAGUUAGGGACGAAAAAACUCAGAGAAAUGCUGAUACCAAAUGAAGAUUAAAACUUCAGGUCUUACCACAGUUUGAAGAUGUGCGAGUUCCCAGAUAUUAUACAAUAUACCAUGAUUUCUUUUGAAAAAGAAGCAUCAACUUUUUAUUGAUAGUAAAUAAAAUACUUUAAUAGAUUUAUGUGAAUAUAUCUAUGAUUUAGUUCCGAUACAUACAAUAAAUUCGAAAUAAUAUACAAAUACAUAUUUUGACUCACAAUAGUGAAAAUAAAUUUAAUUAGUAAUUUCCGUCAAAGAAUCAUCAGAAGCAAUAGAUAUAUAAAAUGUUUUUCAUAAAUUAUCUCUUACAUAGGCAAAAUAGAAUAUACGAAUGUCAAUCAUGGAAAUACGUAAUUGUAUGCAAUUCUCGGAGACGUCUUGUGAUAGCACUCUAACCGUAAAGCUGAUCUCGAAAGGCUGCGCUCAAAUUUAGAUUAGUUCCUAACUUAUGAAGAAUAUUGGUUCAAAACAAUGGCUUCUUGUAGGUUCACAUAGUUUCUCAUAUACCUAACGCGUUACAUUAAAUCUGAUCUGCUCUCUAAUAAUGCUAAUAACGUUUACUAAUUUAUCAUCAUCAUCAUCUUCUUCUAAUCAAUAUAUCAAAAUGAAACAAUGUGUUCUUAUAAAUUAGAAAUUUUAUAGCAACGUUAAAUCCAUCAAAUCAAUCGAUUAAUAAAU